AUGGAUUCCUCACGAAAGCAUGCAGGCACACAGCGGCAGCCACCACCAUCCCUAUUCCAAAGGCCUCCGUCUCGUAAUGCUUCCAAUCUAUCUCUCGCAGUUCCUCCAGCCUCAACACUUGCUACGCCAAACAGCCAACAGCCAUCACUGCAGCGCGACUCAACCACCAAUAGUAAUGAAAGCACCCGCAGCUAUUCUCCAUUUGCCACACGCCGCGCAUCCAAGAAUGAUGUCGACGGAUCAGACGCCAUAUGGCAAGAGAUGCAGAGCGCAUUGUCUGAGGUGGAGCUGAGCGCCAUGACGAUCGAGCAUGUCUUCGGCGAGAAACAUUCACAGGCCUUGGAAGAUCUACGCAUGAAGCAGUUGAAGCUAGCCCAAGCCUGGGCGCGCAGUGAGGCUGAAGACGAAGUAGUUGAUUCCAGCCGAAACACCGCAGAUGACGAUGGGACUCUACGGCGGGCAGACGCUGAAACUAUCCCCGACAAUACCUCAACUGACAAAAAUCCCCUCCGGGAUCGGAUCUCGCCCGGUAAACUGGAUGAGGAAACUGCGAAGGAUAUCGAGCUAGCGCGGAAACGGCGCCUGGCGAAUGACCGUUAUUUCGAACGAGUCAACCAGGGCGUGUUGGAUGUGGUUGAGAAGCUGCAGGAAGUAUCACAAGCUAUGCGGACUGUGGAGCGAGAAAGUAAGGAUAUCUGGAGUGACUCGGAAAGUGUGACAACGGAGGCUCCUUCCUCGGCUGCUGAACUAUAA